AUGUCGUUGGAACAGUUAGCAAAUGAACUUCUACUCGAAGUAUUCGACUAUUUGGACUGUUUAACCAUUUUUCGUGCGUUUUAUGGUCUGAACUAUCGAUUUAAUCAAUUGAUUAUCUUACAAAUUCAAAAAUUUGAUCUUGACUUUCGUCUUGUACCGAAAUGUUCCUUUGAUCUCUUCUGCCAACAACAUCUUCCGUUGCUCAAGACUCGAAUCGUUUCGCUUCAUCUCUCCAAUGAAAUCAAUAUUCCUGAACUACCUGAUUCAUUUCGUUCAUAUGGUCAUCGUAUGAAUCAGUUCAUCAUUUUGAAAUUUCUUUCUAUCAGCUGUUAUUCAAUCAAUAUGCUGCGUCGAAUCCUAACUGAAUGUCACAAUCUUUCAUAUCUUGCACGUUUGCAUAUUCAUACAACUAAUUAUGAUUCUAUGGAAGACCAUUAUCGUUAUUUAAUAGAAGCGAUUUGGACUUUACCACACUUAACUCAUUGUCAAAUCGAUGUUUUGUAUUCUUCAUCAGCAUGGUUUUCUUCCAUGUCAACAGUUUCUACUUCAAUUCAAAACUUGAGUACCAGUGGUACAUCGUAUUCUCUCACUACGUUAUGCAAUCUAUUAGACCAUACACCAAAUCUCAAGCAAUUGGAAGUCGGCCACGUUACCGUAACAGAUGAUGCGCCGUUAGCAGUUACCUUUCCAUCAUUGAGAUCAUUGCGACUGAUUUGUGAUACUUCCAUUCGGUCGAUACAGCCGUUCUUUCAAAUCAUCCCUAAUUUAUGCGACUUAACUGUUCAUGUGAGUAAUAUCGAGUCUAACGGAUCAGUAUGGGAACAAAUCUUCGUUGAUUAUCUGAAGAAUAUCAAAACUUUCCGGUUAGUCAUGAACAUUCAGUUUGGGUCCUAUCAUGAUGAUUUUUAUGAAAUGAAAGUCGAACAAUUAUUCAAUUCAUUUCGAAGUGAUUUUUGGCUUAAAAAACGACAAUGGUUUAUUCGAUGUGAUACUUAUCAAAUAAAUACGAAAGAUAUUUGUCUUUUAUACACUCUACCCUACCCAUUUGAGACGUUCUCUUAUAUUGGUAAUAGUCGAUCGAAAUCAACCAGUCCACAUCCAUUCAAUCUAACAGACUAUUCUCAAGUUCGAACAUUAGAACAUGUCCGCAAUAAUCCAUGUACAGUUAUCAAUGGUUUUACCUUCAUACCAAUCCGAUGUGACAAUAUUCGUCACUUGAAAUUAAAAUUUCCGAUCGAUGAGCACUUUGAUUCGAUUAUUUUAACAUUAAAUUAUUUAAUUUCACUGGAUGUCAUAUUAUAUGAGGAUGAAGAUUAUCAUCAAUUACAACGGUUACUCCAAAGAGCACCGCAUCUUCGUCAAUUGAAAUUUUGCCAUCCUGGCAAAUUCUCCAUGGCAUCUUUCAAUCUUUUCAGUCCAUCGAUUCGGCAAUUAGAUUUCUUUCAAACUUCCGGAUUUCGUCUACGUUAUUUCAGUAGUACCGAAUGUGCAUUGUUUGUUGAUCUACCACUUGCAGUUCAAUGCGAGAUUCUAACUAUGGAUGUUCGAAAUCGAACAGAUAUUGUCAAGCUAAUCAAUGCAAUGCCUAAUCUUCAAGCAAUGAAUGUUCAUUGUCAAGAUGGGAUAACGUGUGCAGAUAGAACUAUCAAAAUACAUGAUGAUUUAAUCGAAUGGUUACACAAGCAUUUAUCCAGUGAUUGUUCCUACACGAUUGUUCGUCAAGGGUAUACAAAUAUACCAUUAAUUAAUAUCUCGAUUAAUAGGCAGAAGUAA